CCUAAUAACCAGAGAGAGAGAGAGAGAGAGAAUGCAAUUACCUAUCCCCAAUAUUGUCAAGGAGCUAUGGAAUGCUUGGAAUCUCAGGAGCUGUAUUUUCUUAAGCCUCUGGCUGCAAGCAAUUUUAAUUCUAUUUGCAUUCCUCAGAAAACGGACCAGAAGCAAGCUGGUCCACGGGCUCAUAUGGUUUGCAUACUUGCUUGCAGACUGGAUUGCACCUGUUGCCAUUGGACUAAUCUCCAAGAGCGAAGGUGUUGGUUGUGAAGCCAAGGGGAAUAAGGACUUAAUGGCAUUCUGGGCUUCAUUUCUUUUGUUGCAUCUUGGUGGCCCUGAUACCAUCACUUCUUUUGCUCUUGAGGAUAAUGAGUUCUGGCUUAGGCACUUGGUUGGACUUAUUUUACAGAUUGUAGCAACUGCUUAUAUCUUCUAUCAAUCGCUUCCUAACAACUUUUGGGCUCCCACUAUCAUGGUGUUUCUUGUGGGAUGUAUCAAGUAUGGAGAGCGAACACGUGCUCUCUUUCUUGCAAGCUUGAACCAAUUUGGAUGUUCAGUGUUGCCAAAGCCAGAACCUGGGUCUGAUUAUGAAGAAAUCAUGGAGAUGCACUUUUCAAAUACGUUGGAACAGGUUGAAACACAAGUAGAUGUGGUGCCAAGCUUGGAGGAUGAACUUAGAAGGUCAUACUCAGUCGACAAAACUCUCAUUUCUGCAAAUGGUCCUGAAUCCAAAGGUGAAAGGAAACCGUUAGAUAACUUGCAAUUAAUACAGGAAGCACAUCGUCUCUUUGAAAAAUUCAAGGGUCUUAUUGUAGGCCUUCUUUUCAGUUCCAAGGACCGAGAAGAGAGCCGAGAUUUAUUUCUUACUAGAACUCCAGCAGAAGCAUUCAGCCUAAUUGAGUGUGAGCUCAAUUUCAUGUAUGAGUAUCUCCACACCAAGGUGGUUGUUGUUCGGUGCACAUUUGGGUACUUUCUACGCUUUAUUAGCUUUACUUUAAUCAUUGGAGCAUUGGCAUUAUUUUCAAUUGAGAAUCAGCAUGAGUUUCAUCAUGUUAGAAAGUUUGAUAUCAUCCUUACUUAUGUCUUGCUUGUUGGGGCACUAGGCCUCGAGGCCAUAUCAGUACUAAUGCUUAUAUUAUCUGACCGGACCCUCCUAGCUGUGAAGAGUAACUGGAGCAAUCACUUUGAAAAAUACUUCUUGAAAAGAAGAAGGUGGUCUAAAUCAGUCUCCCAGUAUGACCUGAUAAGCUAUUGGUUGUAUGAUCCUCCAACAUGGAUGUAUACAUUAGCUACUAAAGUUGCUGCUGAGGAAGUACUAGCGAAGAUGACUAUAUUGUGGGUUUCGCAUUCAAAGAGGGUCGAUGAAGAUCUUGAGAGCUUUAUUUUCACCGAGCUGAGCUUGAAAUCUAGGAAUGCGAACACUAUCAGAGAAGCCAGGGAUGCAUCUUCACAAAGAGGUAACUGGGCUCUUCUUCAGACUUCAAGCUAUUUCAAACUAAAAUGGAGCAUUGGGGAGUAUCAGUACUCGGAAAGCGUUCUCGUUUGGCACAUGGCUACUGAGCUGCUUUACACUCAGGAAACCGAAUCAAGUACUGAUAAUGAUAAUAAAAGUUAUAGAGAAACAUGCAAAUUACUUUCAGAUUAUAUGUUUUAUCUUCUUGUCAUGAAGCCUCAAAUGAUGGCUCCAGUGUUAGGCAAUUGGAAGAUAGUCUUCCAGGACACUUGCGCAGAAGCUAAGAGAUUCUUUCAAAAAUACCCCAUGUCGAAUAAAGUUGAAGCCUGUAGAAAAAUCAAUGAUGUGGAAACGAAAUACAGAUCAGUUGAUGUGAAGGGAACUGUAAGCAAAUCUGUGUUCUUUGAUGGACGACUCUUGGCAAAGGGCCUCUCGGAGUUGGAGAUAGACAAAUGGAAGCUAAUGAGCCGAGUUUGGGUGGAAUUGAUGUCUUAUGCUGCCAUUAAUUGUAGGCCAAAUGUACAUGCACAGCAACCUAGUAGGGGUGGAGAGCUGUUGACAUUCAUUUGGUUACUGAUGAAUCAUCUGGGCUUUGGAACACAGUUCUACGAGCAGGAACGCCAAGCCAAAGCCAAAAUGGUCCCACGAAAGUAAGGUCACAAGGACUAAAGGAAUCCAAAAAAAGAUGGGGGUGUGACAGCUUGCUAAGUGGAUAGACGAUUUUUGUUCGGAUUAAAUAAAAGGGUAGGAAUUCAGUCAAUUCACAUCAUUAGUGUCUGUCUAGCAGCAUCUUUCUGUUUUAGCUAAUUUGCUUACAAUUCCUGUACUUUGGUCUUUAAUUAAAUCCAAU